AACUUUAUGUGAAUCACUUGCUCACUCCACUGAAACUGUUACCGAUUGGGAUAUAAAUAUUCCUGCUGUACUGUUUACCUACCGAACAGCAAAACAAGCUACUACCAAAAUUGAGCCCUUUUAUCUU